UCACUUAGUUGCUCAUGCAAGGCAAGAUUCGCGGACGCGACGUAAAUUUUGAUAAAAUCUGUAUAGUUUGCCGUAAAAUCUGGUCAGUGAUACAGUUUAAUAUAUUUAGUUACUUCAGAGUUAUCAGUGGAGCUCUAAACAACAGUGAUUUUAAGUGAAUUUUUGCUUAAAACGUAUAGUGCAGCAAACUCGGCUAAAAAUGAAUAUAAUUUCAAGAACACCCAAAACUACGCCUAUAACGGAUGAUUACGAGAUCUCCAACACGGUCCUUGGCCUUGGUAUUAACGGAAAAGUUGUAGAGUGCCACGAGAAGAGUACGGGCGUGAAGCGAGCGCUCAAAGUGCUGCACGACAGCGCUAAAGCGCGGAGAGAGGUCGAACUGCACUGGAGGGCAAGCGGGUGCAUUCACAUAGUUGAGAUCAUCGACGUAUAUGACAAUACAUACGGAGGCAAGCGGUGCCUUCUGGUCGUGAUGGAGUGUAUGGACGGUGGGGAACUAUUUCAAAGAAUACAGGACAACAGAGAGGGAGCCUUCACAGAGAGACAGGCUGCGGAGAUUAUGCACUCUAUAUGCGUCGCGGUGCGUCACCUACACGACUCGAACAUAGCGCACCGGGACAUCAAACCUGAGAACCUGUUGUACACGAGCUUGCAGCCCAAUGCUAUACUGAAACUGACUGACUUCGGCUUCGCUAAGGAGACCCUCACGCAAGCGGAUACAUUGCAGACUCCUUGCUACACACCCUACUAUGUUGCACCUGAGGUACUGGGUCCAGAUAAAUAUGACAAAUCGUGUGACAUAUGGUCUGUCGGCGUAGUAAUGUAUAUACUACUCUGUGGAUUCCCUCCCUUCUACUCCAAUCACGGGCUGGCGAUAUCACCUGGGAUGAAAAAGAGGAUAAGGCUAGGCCAGUAUGACUUCCCAGAGCCAGAGUGGUCGAAUGUAUCCUCGGAAGCCAAAAACCUGAUCCGUGGAAUGCUAUCUGUUGACCCUGCAAAACGAUUGACUAUACACCAGGUGAUGGCAAGUCCUUGGAUUCGUCAAUUCACCCAAGUGCCUCAAACUCCACUUUACACGCACACACUGUUACGCGAUGCUGGUGACGCGUGGGCGGACGUACAGGACGAGAUGACGCGCUCACUCGCAACCAUGCGGGUAGACUAUGACCAGGUUCAAAUCAAGGCGUUAGAGCAGAGCAACAAUUCGCUCCUCAACAAACGACGUAACAAAGUUGGUGCCUGAGAGUAAAACUAAUAGUACUUAAAGAUAAAUACCAAGCUCACAAAUACCUUGUUAAGGCUGUUUUUCCUAUAGGGAUGUGCGUAAACAGAGCAUUGCAAGGAUGCGUGGAUAA